CUCGCCGAAUUACAUGGCACCCGGCUCGUUGAAAAUUAGCAUCCGACCGCGUCGCGCAAGAGCGGCUGCCGCACGAGCCUCCUCUGUCCGCGAGGAAGAGGACGAGAUUCCCGUGGGCGGCGACGAAGAACAGCAGAACACCAGCGGGGUCAGUUUGACCGAGUCUGCACCCCAGACGCCGCAAGCGGACGAAGAAGCUGACGAGCCGAUAGACGUCGACAAUGACGACGAUGCAAACCCGAGCGUACGGGAAGACAGCCCCGUCGAUGUCGACGACGACAUAGAGGAAGUUGAAGCUACGCCUGUGAGGAAGCGCGGGCGACCAAGAGGACGCGGCCGCGCUGCGGUGGGCACUGGCAUUACGCGUGCUGCCCGCGGAAGAGGACGGGGGAGAGGGCGUGGACGGGGGAAGAGCAUCACUAUCAAGUUGCCUAAACGCGGCGCAGAAGAGGCGCAGGAAGAGGAGUCUACAGAGGUUGCGGACGCCCCCUCCCAGCAGGAACCUGUGGAACCUGAAGGCGGCGGGAAGCCAUUCCGACGGAUACAGGGGAAGGUCUACGUAAUUGAAGGGGACGAGUAUGUGACCGAGGACGACCCGAAGGGUGAUACCAAAAUCGAUGCCAACGGCAACUUGCUCGGAGGGAGGAGAUUCAAAUCGCAGACGUUUGUCUUGCCCAAUCGCCACCCAGAGCGCAAGUAUAUGCUCGCCAUUGACGCUGCCCGAACGUCUGGAUUCCGCGACUCACUCUACUACUUCCGGCGCAAUCCCUUGGCUAUGAAGCUCAACGCGACCCAGUGGGAGAAGGACCAUCUCAUUGAAGUAGGGAAGCUUGGUUCACACCUCAAGACGCGCAGCGUGACCCUUAUCACCGCGCGAAGCGCAUACAAGCUGCAUGGCGCGAAGAUGCUCGUCGACGGUAGGUGGGUCAUCGACGACUACUACGAAGACAAAGCCCUGGAAGAAGUCACCGCCAAAGGCCUCAAACCCGGCGACCUCGUAGGCGAUCUACAAGACACCACCAACCUCACCAACGAAGCCGCCGCGCUCGCCGCCGGUGCUUCUGGCGGGGCCGGCGCGCAGGCCAGCAAGGGCGAGCGGAGCAGUGGCUACGUCGGGUUAUACCGCGCCGGGGGGCCCACGACGAUCUUCGGGCCGUCGGGAUGGGGCCCAUAUAGCGACGGACCAUUAAAUGCGGUGCGCAAGUCAUACUUGACGCGCGACGGGGUGAACGAGGAGAACUGGAUGUACGUCGCGGCGGAGCGGACAGCCGACAUGUCCAGGGAGUGGGCGAACUUGCGAAGGGAGGCGCUCAAAGUGUGUGGCGGGAUCCUGGGGGAGACGGGGACUGGUGAGAUCGACACGGGGAGGGGAGAGAAGAGGUCUGCGGAGGACAUCAUGGCUGAGGAUAGGAAGAGGCGUGAGCAGGAGAGCCGGUUGCCACUUGGGGUGUACGAACCGCAAACAGGCAUCGUGCUCUAUCGCUCGGACACUCAGCCUACCCAGGCUCGCUGGGAGGUAUGCCCGGAUGGCUCCCAAAAGACCGUGCUUGGUGGCUCCAAAGUCGGCGGCGCGGCUUGGGGGUUGGCAUGGGUUGACACUGUCAUGGAGACGCCCCAUCUGAAGCAGGAAGACGAAUGGGCCAAGGAGAGAGCAAAGUAUAUGGAUCUGAUCAGGACUGUGCCUUCUUGAGUCUUCGCUGUAUUUCAUGGUUACCCAGGACUGACUUUACUGUCGCACUAGUUCUUCAUGUACUACUAUACGCCCACGGUUGAAUCUGCACAACAUCAUGAUAAUGGUCCGUCCCGGAGAGAGGCAUUGCGUUGGAGUGACGACAAUCAGCAUCGACACCUUGCACUUUUUAUCGUUCGAUGCGCUCG